AAAGCGACUAGCCCCACCUCACUCCUCCCCUCGCGACCGCGUCAAUGGCCGCACCCACGCCGCACGUCACUCCACUGACGACGACGUCCCGUCCCCGCCCGGCAGCCACCACCGGAGGCCUCCUUGACUCGGCCGUCGCCAUCGUUCGCCUCGUCCUCCUCCUCCUCCUCCUCCCCGCGGGUAGCUUUCGCUGCCACACACACACACACACAAACACAACGACCUCGCCCUCGCGAAGACGACGGACGGACUAGCACUAGCGUGGCGGGGGACGGGGCCACGCCGUUUAUAGCGCGACGCGGACGACUCGGUGGUGGUGGUGAUGAUGAUGAGGGUGUUGGGUUUCAUGGGAGAUGGUGGUGGUGGUGGGAUGAUGACGGCGCAGGCUGCGGCGGAGGCGGCGGUGGGCGCGAUCGGGUGCGGGUACGACCUCACGAGCGACCUCCGCCUCAGCCGCGUCAAGGCGGGCGGGAGGCUGGUGGACAUCGACGGGGCGAGCGGCGCGGCGAGACGGGAGCUGGUCCUCCCCUGGGGAGCCGUCGUGGGGGGCGUGCCGGUGGGGAUCGUCGCCGACAAGGGGGAGCGCACCCGGUUCCGCUCCGACGUCCUCUCCUUCGCUCAGAUGGCGGAGCAGGUGAACCAGACGAUGUCGGUGGCGGGGAAGAUCCCGUCGGGCGCGUUCAACGCCAUGUUCGACUACCACGGGUGCUGGCACAAGGACGCGGCCGCCACGGGGAGCCUCUGCUUCGACGGCCGCUUCAUCGAGCUCUACGCCGUCGAGGCCCCCCGCGCGCACCUCGCCCUGCUCGACCGCGUCAAGCGCGACGUCCCGCCCUUCUGGGACCCCGCUGCUCUCGCCGAAUUCAUCGACAAGUACGGGACGCACGUCAUCGCCGGGGUGAAGAUGGGAGGGAAGGAUGUGGUCUGCAUCAAGCAGCUCAAGGGAUCCAAUCUCACACAGAGCGAUGUGCAGUCUCGGCUCAAGAAACUCUCCGACGACAAGCUCGCUCAGGAUUCACCUGAAAGUUUAACUGCAAGAGACGACAAGUUCUUGCUGGGAUUAAACGGGAGUUUAUUAUUGGGUCCUGGAUCUGCUGCUUGGCGGUCGUUCAGACCAUCAGUCGUGUCACACAAAGAUGACAUCCUCAGUAUCCACAUCAGAAGAGGGGGCGUUGAUAAUGGCCAAGGCCACAGUAAUUGGCUUUCGACGAUCAGCGGUUCACCGGACGUCAUCUCUAUGGCUUUUGUGCCGAUUACUUCUCUGCUCACUGGUGUUCGAGGCUGCGGGUUCCUGAAUCAUGCAGUGAACCUCUACCUCAGAUACAAACCUCCAAUAGAGGAACUCCAUCAAUUUCUGGAAUUCCAGGUGCCACGACAAUGGGCUCCAGAGUUUGGGGAGCUCCCUCUGGCUUUGGGCCCGAGAAAGAAGAAGAACAGCCUGCCAUCUCUUCAGUUUACUCUCAUGGGUCCUAAGCUUCAUGUCACCACUGCCAAGGCUGAUUCUGGGAAUCGUCCGGUGACCGGCAUUCGGCUGUUCCUGGAAGGCAAGAAGAACAACCGGCUGGGCGUUCACCUACAGCAUUUGUCAGCGACGCCGGGCACGAUCACGAUCGCCGGCGAGGUGGCGUCGGCGGAGGACGCCACCGUGAGGGAGCGCGACUACAUCGAGCCCAUCAAGUCGCCGCUGCUGUCGCACGUGUGCACGGCGCCGGUGCAGUACAACGGCGCGCGGAUCGACGACUGCGCGGCGAUCGUGACGAGGGCGUGGCUGGAGGUGCAGGAGACGUGCCUCAAGAAGGUGCUCUUCCUGCGGCUGGGCUUCUCCGGCGUGGCAUCCACCAAGAUCCGGCGGUCGGAGUGGGAUGGCCCGUUCGUCGUGUCACGCAAGUCGGGCUCGCUGUCGGCAUUGUUCAGCGCGCGGCUGUCCGCCGCCGGUGCCGGUGGCUCCGCGCAGAUGAUGCAGCAGCAGCAGCCGGUGGGGGAGAAGGUGGAGGUGAACUCCGCCAUCUUCCCCAAGGGCCCGCCGGUGCCUCUCCCGGUGCAGAGGAUGGCGAGGUACGUCGACACAACGGAGGUGAUGAGGGGCCCCGCCGACUUGCCGGGGUACUGGGUGGUCACCGGCGCGAAGCUCUGCAUCGAAGGCGGCAAAGUUGCACUCAAGGUCAAGUACUCGCUGCUCAUCGCGGAGGUGCUAGACUACCCUGAGUGACUGUUGAGAAGAACUGCACGGUGUGUGCAUCUUUUUGGCUCGUUUGUGAUGCUGUUGUGUACAGUACAGUACAGUACAGGUAAGGUCGGCUCAGCUCAGCGUAUACUUGUACAGAUUGGGCACACGCUAGUAGUCAGGUAUACUAUUUGUAUGUAUAAACCACAGAGUAGAGCAGUACACUACCAGCAGGCAAUUGUUUUGGUUUGCACUUGGAUUCUAGCAAAACUAGGAGCAUACACAGUUGUUGAAAUUGGUUUCCUUAGGCAUGCAGCUCAAAAGGUUAUGUACGAUUAUUUCUCACCUCUGGUAUUGCCCUGAGAUGGGAUCAUUUUUACUGGCAAUGUUGAGAAUGUGAGACGGUUUGGUAAUUUGGCAUCAGCAA